AUGGAUCUGAAAGUGCAGACGAUCAGUGGCAAUGUGCAUUCGGUCUCCAUCUCGACGUCCGCGAACCUCCUGGCUCUCUACGAAGCCGUCGGGCUCGCAAUGGACAUCAAACCUUGGGAGCUGCGCCUCACCGCUGAUGCCAGAGUCCUGUGCUUCGGUGCAGCCCGUGUUUGCAGGAGAACCCCGGCCAGAGGCUGCUACAACGCGAACUACGUCUGUACCGUGCUCCAGGUUCGUCAGGUCGGCUGGGGCAUGCUGGACAUCGACAUCAGUGUCCUGGGUGACGGGUCUUUGGGAGGUCCUCAGACACCUGGGCCAAGGGCCCACGGAGCUCUUCCCAUGGCUGUAACUUUGGACGUGGAUCAAGAAGACCAAAAGCAGGGCACUUUACCAUUCGAAAACGUGCCGACGUCCGGAGAGGUGUCAUUCAUAUACGGCGUAAACGGCUACGACCCUCUGGUGUUGAACCUCGACGGCCGGUAA